AUAAAAAAAAUUGAGAUCCGUCAGACAUGAUCUUUACCAAAUCAGACAUUGCCUACUGCGCGUUGCAUUAUGGGACACAAAGUGCAAAAAGGAUUAGCACAGGGAGGCUAGCUAAAGAACCUCAACGAAACGGUACUAACAUUUACGUUUUGUAAACCUUUUAAAAACAGCUUGAGCUAUCGACCGCUCCAAGUAUUAAUGAUAAUCUCAAAUUUAUCUGUGUUUGGCCAACGAAUGUUUCCCAAACACAAGGAAUUCCAAAGAACGGGGCUAAAUCGGCACCGAUAACAGACUGCUUGCAAGCUAGGCUGCUUUGUGCUGUCCACGCACAGCUGUGGUGUGUUUACAUCGGCCUCAUUUGACUCCACAACCCGAGGCCGAUCAAGUCGAACAACAGACCGAAUCAUACACUGUUCUAUCUACUGAAGGUAUAUUUCGUUGCAUGGUGAACGCCCUCCAGAGCAAGUACGUUAAGACAAAGAUGGGGGUCAAAACCUUUAUCCACAGUUCCCCCACGCACAGUCAAGAGAUGCUGGAAAAGCUAAACGCCCUGCGCAACGAGGGCCACCUCUGCGACGUCACCAUCCGGGUGCAGGACAAGUUGUUUCUGGCGCACAAGGUGGUGCUGGCCUGCUGCAGCGAGUUCUUCCGCUCCAAACUAGUGGGCAGGCCUGAGGAGGAGGACAAGUUUGUGUUGGACUUGCACCACGUCACGGUGAGCGGCUUCACCCCUCUUUUGGAGUACGCCUACACUUCCACCCUCUCCAUCAGCACGGAGAACAUCAUCGACGUUUUAGCCGCUGCCAGUUACAUGCAGAUGUUCGUCGUGGCGAGCACAUGCUCAGAAUUCAUGAAGUCCAGCAUCCUCUGGAGCGCCGGGAGUAUGGGGCAGGAGAAACCGCAGGAGUCGGCUCUUGGCGAGAGCGCUUCCUCCCACUGCGCUUUGACGCCGUUGGACAGCAGCCUGUCGCCUGUAUCUUCUGACUGCAGUGUGAUGGAGAGGAACAUCCCUGUGUGUCGCGAGUCGCGCCGCAAACGUAAGAGCUUUAUCAUGAUGUCCCCAGAGAGCCCACUCAAAUGCACCUCACAGAUCACCUCGCCGCAGAUGCCCAACCCAUCACCCUCCUCCUUCUCGGAGACCGCCACCCAGCCCGUGGACUCUUCCCUGGCCUUCCCGUGGACCUUCCCCUUCGGUAUCGACCGGAGGUUCCACCCGGAUAAGCAGCCCAAGCUUCCCGAGAGCCCACGCCGUCUAGACCAGGCAGGGCCCUCGGAGGUGAGCCGCCGGCUGAGUGACUUCCUGGCCUGUGAAAGCUCUAUUAAGGCGCCACUGUCGCUGGCGGGCCCCGAGGAGGAUGUGCGCGUGAAGGUGGAGAGGCUGAGUGACGAGGAGGUCCAGGAGACGUUGUCGCAGCCCGUCAGCGCUUCCCAGAGUUCUCUGAGCGACCAGCAGACAGUGCCCUGCAGCGAACAGGUCCAGGAGGACCUCCUCAUCAGUCCGCAGUCCUCCUCCAUAGGUUCGAUAGAUGAAGGAGUCACAGAAGGGUUGCCUUCAAUACAAAGUACAUCCAAUGCUGGAGGUCAUGCUGAGGAUGAUGAAAGAUUAGAAAGCCUCCAGUACCCUUACCACUUAUACAUAAGCCCUUCAACCCGCCCUGGCACUAACGGGCCUGACAGACCUUUCCAGUGCCCCACGUGUGGCGUCCGAUUCACCCGCAUACAGAACUUGAAGCAGCAUAUGCUCAUCCACUCUGGCAUUAAGCCCUUCCAGUGUGAUCGCUGUGGGAAAAAGUUCACACGGGCCUACUCCCUAAAGAUGCACCGGCUGAAGCACGAAGGUAAACGCUGUUUCCGGUGCCAGAUUUGUAGUGCCACAUUCACGUCCUUCGGCGAAUAUAAGCACCACAUGAGGGUGUCCCGCCACAUAAUCCGCAAGCCCCGGAUUUACGAGUGCAAAACGUGCGGCGCCAUGUUUACCAACUCUGGCAAUUUAAUUGUACACCUGCGGAGUCUGAACCAUGAGGCAUCUGAACUAGCAAACUACUUCCAGAGCAGUGAUUUCCUCAUGCCCGACUACCUGAGCCAAGUGCAGGAGGAGGAGACUCUGGGGCAGUACGAGCUGGUGGAGCACGGCUUUGAAGGCAACAAUUCGUCUGUCCAGAUGCCGGUCAUCUCCCAGGUCUCCUCCACCCAGAAUUGCGAGAGCAGCACCUUCCCCCUGGACCCUUUAUCCUUGAAGGACGAAAACAUGUCAGAGGAGCCAAAGACAAAUGGCAGUAACAGCUCCCCGGACAGCUCGGAGGAGGAGAACGCCCACAUCAAAGAGCUGGCUUCCAUUACGAUUGAGUGACCGUCACUUCCUAAUUGUCCCACUCGUUCCCCCUUCCAAUCCAAAGCCCUGACUUUGGAAAGUGCCUGAGAUUGCCCUUCUUUAACGAGCACCACUAGAAUUAGAGGUCUUAACUUUGCUAACAGUGACAAGUAGUUUCUUUCCUUACUUAUUGGAUUAUUGUUUUUUGCAUAAUGAUAGUUCAUAUGAUAGACGCUGUGUUACUUCUUGAGUGCCGUCGCUUCAGGCAAACUGUUAGUGUUACUAAAUAUUAUUUGAUAAUAGACUGCUACGUUGGAUUUUGUCGUGAUUUAUGUGAGCGGUGUGUAUGUAUUCCUUCGUGAAUAGGAACACAGUACAUUUAAACCUUAAGAAAAUAUAUAUAUAUUAUUUGAAAACUUGAAAUUGCAUUAUAGAGCUCUCAUUGUCUCUUUCUUUACGCGCAAUAUGAAUGAACUGUAGCUACUACACUUGACUUGUAUUGGGUGUUGUUCAUAAUUUAGGUAUCUACUGUGGCUUUGACUCUCAAAGGUCGGGUCACAAAGGCAUGGCAGCAUUUCAUAUGUGAAGUCAGUCGUUAAAUCAUCAAGAGAGACGCACUGCAGCGGCUGUGCUUUCCGAUAUCUGGAAGAGCUAGGCUAAGUUCAAAUGUGAAGUUAAAGUGUAGUUAAUUUGUCAGACCUAUUUCAUUAGAAAUACUUGUCCCUAGCAGUUCUUGUGUGAUGGAAAUCUCUAUACUGACAUAAUUGUAAUAUGUCAGCUGUGUGACAAAAAAAACGAGUCUCACUAUAAUUAGUGGUUAAAUAAAAUAAGAAAUGUCAGUGAGGUAGAAGUAAUACGUCACCGUAGGUGACUUAUAACUAAUAUGUCAACUUUGGUGACAUAUAACUACUAUGCUUCAAUGUCACUUUUUUGACAUACAAUGAGACCAUGUUGCAUUUGGUGGAGCAUGUGUUGGUAGGAAUAUUUCUACCUAACUUUACACAGACCGUUUACAUUGGACAUGAAUGUGAGUGACAUUCUUCGGACUAACGUUGUACUAAUCAAGUGGUCAGCACAUUAGAAUUUAUAGCUGGGUGCCUUGCUUUUACUUUGAGUUUAGUUUUGUAAUUCUGUGUAUAUGGAGCCAGGAGAGGUCUUCAAUAACAUGGCCAACAUGACAUUGCUUUGUAUCAUUUAAGUGUGAUCGAUAGAUAUUUUCAUCUUCAUAGUGUUUUCGGUUCACCUUGAGAUUUUCAGGUACAUUUUCUUUGUCACUGCUUUUCAACAGAAAUCUUGCCCUAGCUUGGACACCUGUUAUAUUGAGCCAUCACUAGUCAGUUGCACAUCACCAUGCCUUUAUAAUAAGGUGGUGAUACUCCUUUGAUUAAAUGCUACUGAUAUUUAUUUGUUCAUUAAGUGUAGUCCUUAUCAAUUCAUUAAUCUUGGUCGUCCUGCAAAAAAACAAAAAAGGACUUUUGCGUGCCAAUGAAAUGCAAAGUAGAUUGCAAACUCUGAUGGUAACAUUAAAAAUAUUACUAGGAAAAUAGGAAUUUGAUGAUAUUUAACGUGAUGAAUCUGUUAUUAUUUUGUUUUGUCAUUUUAGCAGAUGCUCUUAUCCAGUGCAUAUCUUGGGCUCAGAGAAGUAAAGUAUGUUUUCUAAUCAUAGAGUGGGUGCUCAGAGAUUUGACUUAUGAUUGUCUCGUGCCAUCCAAUCAACCUUUCCUAAAAGAUGUGGCAUUUAGCCUAACCACCCUAUGUCUGGGUAACAAUCAAGGUCUCCUAUUGGACCAAAUGUUCCCAAUCCCUUUGGGGGUUGGCGUAUCUACCAUUUUAAUCUAUCGUUGCUGUUGACAUUAUAAAGUAAUGAGGUAAUCAUGCUUGGUUUCCCCAUGCUAUUGAAAUAUUGUUCACAGGAAAUGUAAUUUUCACUUCGAUAGACACUGUAUCAUGUGCGUUGGAGAAACUAUAGCCUUUAUAUAGGACCUUGCAUAGCUUCAAGCUGCACAAUUUAAAAUCUGUAGUCAUUUUAUUUUUUCACACUAUUGAGCAUUUUAGCGCUUAAGUAAGCUUGUGUUUUGCGUGUGUUUGUUUCUGUUUGUAUUCAUAUACCUUUUUCAUAAAGAAAUGCUGCUGUUUGUUGAAACUUAAAGUGCCCAAAUAUUUUUGGUGAACCUAUUGUGUGCAAUAAAUGGACAAGCUGUUGGGUUCUAUGUUUAUAUUUUGUGUCUGAAUAAUGAAAGAAAAGAAUGUACUGUUUUCGUAUUGUUGUGUACUUACAAUGUGAUAAAUUAACUGAAGAAAAACAAGUGAGAAUCCACUCAAUCUGUGAAAUCACGAACGAAGUGUACAUCUUGAUUUUUAAUUUGAUUCUUUUUAAAUUACUCCUAGGAUUGUGAAAUGCACGUUAAUUUGAAAGUCCUGUGAAUCUGAGAGCAUGUGUUUUCUUUCUUCUGUUUGCUGUUCAAUAAGGCCUUGUUGAGGUGAGAUGUGUUAAAACCUCAGCACGUAUCAGCGUUUUGUUCUUGAUUUUUCUCCAACUAAAGUUUUUACAGAUAUUAGCAUGUCUUUCCUUUGUUCCCCAGAUGUAGCUUCUCUUAUGUGCAAUGUUUAAAAAAUGUAUUGACUAUAUAUGCCUUUUCGAUGUGUACAUGAUAUAUACAUUUCCUGGUUCAUAUUGUUUGUUGAAAAUAUGACAAAACGGUAGCUCUUAGUUAUACAUUAUAUAUUUUUGUGACUUUUGUAUUACGAUUGCUGUUUUAUGAGUAUGCCAUCUUUUGGAUAUUCUUGUUAAAUGUGAAUACAUCAAACACAUGUUUAAUACAUGUUUAAGGAGUGUGGGCCUUUUAAUGUUCACUUUGUUGACUGUCUGUAUUCUUUAUACUGUAGAUUAAUUUCCAACUUAGUUUGGAUGAUUGAAAAAUAUGUUGUAUUUUGUGACUUUGAUAUUUAAUCUGUAGUUUCAUUUAACAGUUUUAAACAUCCCCAUAAUGCAAUUUGCAUAUGGUGCAAGAGCAAAAAUGUUUGUGGUUUCAUAAGCAAGUGUUGAAUGUUCAACUUUUCCAGAUCAUUUCCAAGAUUAACUGUUCUAAACUGAUGAAACCACUUUCUACUGCUAUACAGUUAAUGGAUGUUCCCAAUUCUGAUCUGUGUUUUUUCCUAGUUUGCAAUUAUAUUGUGAAGAGAGGUGUUUUGUACAGUACAAAAAACAACUGAAAUGUAAAUAAAAACUUGCAUCGACUCCCA